AUGAACGCCGUCGAUGCCACUGAGCGAACGGAGAAGCAGGGCGAGGCCGAGGCACCUUCUCUGCUAACCAUCAUUCUCGAUACGAAUCCGCACGCCUGGGCUCUACUGGACAACUCGUCAUCCCUUUCCAAAGUCGUCGCCAAUCUGCUGGUCUUCAUCAACGCCCAUUUGGCUAUCAAUCAUGCAAAUCGCGUAGCCGUCGUGGCCAGUCACGCCGAGCAAGCGGAAUUCUUGUACCCGACGCCCUCGCGAACGGAUUCGGCCGCCGCGAAUGGCACGAAUGGAGACUCCGCUGGCGAUGGUGGCCCUGUACGACCGCCAGAUGAUGCCAACAAGUAUCGUCCAUUUGCGCAUUUAGAACAUGCUCUCACGAGCAAUUUGCGACGACUGGUGGCGAAAACCUCUCCGGAUGCACUGGGAUCUACGCCUUCGACUAUGAUUGCCGGUGCGCUCACGAUGGCUCUUACGUACAUAUCGAAGCAAUCUGCGUCUCUACCAAUGGCAAACACUAGCGCCCAAUUCAACUACUCGGAUCCAAACUCUGUCGCUGGUAAUGAUGUGGCUACCGACGGGUUGCGGGGCAAUGCCAUCAUGAGCCUCACUUCGCGCAUUUUGAUUCUGUCUGUAUCGGGAGAUCUGGCGAGCCAGUAUAUCCCGAUUAUGAAUUCGAUCUUCGCCUGUCAGCGAUUAAACAUCCCAAUCGACAUCUUAAAGCUCGCUGGAGAUACCGUCUUCUUGCAACAAGCAGCAGACGCAACAGGAGGUGUCUACAUGGCGCUCAAUGAUAAGACCCGAGCCGGAUUUCUCCAAUAUCUCAUGUUUGCAUACCUUCCUGACGAAGCUGCCCGCAAUCACCUCAUCGUUCCUGGAGAAGGCGAGGGAGUCGACUUCCGAGCUGCCUGCUUCUGCCAUAGAAAAGUCGUGGACAUAGGAUUCGUCUGCUCCAUCUGCCUAAGCAUCUUCUGCGAGCCGCUACAUGAUAGCACCUGCUUGACCUGUGGAAGCCAUCUGACCAUGGCUAAUUAUGGGCAGAAGCCAGCUGUGGUGCCGAAAAAGAAGAAAAAGAAGAGGAGGCCGGUCGAUGGUGCUGGGACUCCCGACAGUCGAGCUGGUACGCCGUUGCCGUCGUAG